GAGGAAGCGGCGCUGCGUGCCGGCGGAGAGGAAGCGCUCCACCCGCGCACCCGACGGCGCUCGUUUAACCACAUCCGCGCCUUGGCUGGAACCGCUUAGGGGCGCCUGUCACCGGUUCCCUCCAUUUUGAAAGGGAAAAAGGCUCUCCCCCUUCCCCCCCCCUUAGGACCUGGAGCCGGAGGUGCCGCGUUGAUGGCGUUCAGCCCUUGGCAGAUCCUGUCCCCCGUGCAGUGGGCGAAAUGGACGUGGUCUGCGGUGCGCGGCGGGGGCGCCGGAGAGGACGAGGCCGGAGGGCCCGAGCGAGACCCCGAGGAGGAGGACUCGCAAGCCGAGACCAAAUCCUUGAGUUUCAGCUCGGAUUCUGAAGGUAAUUUUGAGACUCCUGAAGCUGAAACGCCGAUCAGAUUGCCUCUCAAGGGAUCCAGGGAUUCGUCACUAGGAUUGACAGGGCCUGGGGCCAAAGCCCAAGAAUCACAAGAAGAUGAUGAACAGUUGGUAGCAGAAGUGGUUGAAAAAUCUUCAUCUGAGACUUGCCCUAGGCCCUCAGAAAAUGAGGUACCACAGCAGGCCAUUGCUUCUCGUUCACUCAAGGAUUUCAGAGAAGAACCUGAACACGAUCCUAGCAAAGUUUCCAUAGUGAGGCCAUUUUCAAUCGAAACCAAGAAUUCCACAGAUGUCCCAGCAGCUCUUGGCGCAAACACACCUCAUGGCUUUGUAACUGCAGUCUUGGAGGAGGCUGUGCCCUCCAGAGCACCAGAAGCCAUCCAGGACAAGGCAAUGACAGAAGGCAACAUGGGGGUUACACUUGAGGCUUCCGCAGAAGCUGAUGUGAAGACCCGAAACUCCCGUUCAGAGUCGGUACCCAGCAGAAGCAAGCUAAGAAAGCCCAAGCCUGUCUCUCUGAGGAAGAAAACGAUUAGCGGCGAGUUCUCAGAAACUGAAACUGUGGUGGAGGGCACCCCUCUCCCCAAAACAUCCUAUCAGGUCAGUCUUGAUGAAACGGAAGAGAACACACAUUCUUCUUUGAUCGGAGGUGCCAGGAUCCAGAAACCUUCCACUGAAGUUAAAGAAACCUCAAGCACUCCCGGCAGUGACACCAAUGACUCGGGGGUUGAGCUGUUGGAAGAGUCAAGGAGCUCACCUCUGAAGCUUGAGUUUGAUUUCACAGAAGAUGUGGAAAAUGUAGAGGUCAAGAAAGCCCUUCCAAGAAAAUUUGGCAGGAAACUGGGUACCAAACUGACUCCCAAGACACAGAAAGAUGACAUCAGUAAACCAGUAGGUGCCAAAGGUGUAGAACAGCCUACAGACGCCAAAGCAGAAGAUACUCCUAUCCCCUACGCAUCUUCAAAGCUGGAUCCUAGUCAGUGGGAUAACCCCGACUUUAAUCCCUUUGGGGGCCACUCCACUCUGCAGAACUCCCCACCCCUCUCCUCUAAGGGCUCCUAUCACUUUGACCCAGAUAACUUUGAUGAGUCCAUGGAUCCCUUUAAACCAACUACAACUCUAACGUGCAACGACUUUCAUUCUACCACUGGUAACCAUGUUAAUGAAAUCUUAGAAUCACCCAAGAUGGCAAAGUCGCGUUUAAUAACGAGUGGCUGUAAGGUGAAGAAAUACGAAACUCAGUCUCUUGCUUUCGAUGCGUGUUCUCAGGAUGAAGAAGCAGUGAUCUCCCAGAUUUCCAACAUUUCAAAUAGGGAUGGCCAUGCUACCGAUGAAGAGAAGCUGGCGUCCACUUCUUCUGGUCAGAAGCCAGCCGGGCCUGAGGUGAAAGGUGAGCCAGAGGAAGACGUGGAGUACUUUGAAUGUUCCAAUGUUCCUGUGUCUACCAUAAAUCAUGCGUUUUCAUCCUCAGAAGCAGGCUUAGAGAAAGAGUCGUGCCAGAAGAUGGAAAAAGAUGAAUCUGCCGUGCCUGGGCUGGUGGAGUCCUCUGCAGAGAAGGCACCUGUGUCUGUGGCCUGUGGAGGUGAGAGCCCCCUGGAUGGGAUCUGCCUUAGUGAGUCAGAUAAGACAGCUGUGCUCACCUUGAUAAGAGAAGAGAUAAUCACUAAAGAGAUUGAAGCAAAUGAAUGGAAGAAAAAAUACGAAGAGACCCGACAAGAGGUCCUGGAGAUGAGGAAAAUUGUGGCUGAAUAUGAAAAGACCAUUGCCCAAAUGAUUGAAGAUGAACAACGGACAAAUAUGACCUCUCAGAAGAGUUUCCAGCAACUGACCAUGGAGAAGGAGCAGGCCCUGGCAGACCUUAACUCUGUGGAAAGGUCCCUUUCUGAUCUCUUCAGGAGAUAUGAGAACCUAAAAGGUGUCCUGGAAGGGUUCAAGAAGAAUGAAGAAGCCUUGAAGAAGUGUGCUCAGGACUACUUAGCCAGAGUUAAGCAAGAAGAACAGCGCUAUCAGGCCCUGAAAAUCCAUGCAGAAGAGAAACUAGACAAAGCCAAUGAAGAAAUUGCUCAGGUUCGAACAAAAGCAAAGGCUGAGAGUGCCGCUCUCCACGCUGGACUCCGGAAAGAGCAGAUGAAGGUGGAGUCCCUGGAAAGGGCCCUUCAGCAGAAGAACCAAGAGAUCGAAGAAUUGACGAAAAUCUGUGAUGAGCUGAUUGCAAAGUUGGGAAAGACCGACUGAGUUCCCUGUUAGUCCAGCAGAUCUGCAUUCGGCUGCUUCCCUCGUGACCACAAGCAUCUUGCCUUAGCCAGGAAUAAUUGCCCCUUUACAGAGAAAAAAAACUAAAAAAAAAAAAGCACAUGCCUCCUGCUGCCUGUCCUGCUUUGCUGCCGGCACGACAGCUUGGAGAAUCCCCGAGUCCUGCAGUCAGGAAAGAAGGCGUCCGGCAGUGUCACGGCUCUUGUCCUAAGGCCCAGUUGAACGGGCUGCUGAGUUAGGGUUUGCGGUUUCUCCGUCUUUCGUCUGUUUUACAGUCAUCUCUAAUUUUCAAGGGUGUUAAAUUUGUGAUUUUGUGAUUACUGUUUGGGGCCAUCUCCUAUCCACAGCAUCUUGGUUUUUUCUGUCUGUGACCUAUUACUUAAUCUUUCGAAUUUAAUUUUCAACAUCCGGGGUUUUAUUUGAAGAGAGAAUUUGGCCUAUUGUUACCUCUAGUUUAUAACAAGAAGAAAUUCUGUGUGCCCAUUUACACAUACACACACAUUUAUAUAUGCUAUUCUUUUUCUUUUUUGUCUCCUAAAGCAUAGUCAAAUAAAAACUUCUCUAGAAAAGAACCUACUCCCAGAAAUGUAAAGCCCUGUUUUGAAAUCGAGUCUUGGCUCAGAAUGCCAACUUAAGAAUUUGGGGGAUUGAAGAUAUAAAGAUCCAGGCUUGUGUCUUUCAUGAUUCAUAAGUCCAGACUCAAACGUCGCACACAUUUGAGAAAGACUUUUUCCCCUCAUAUUUUGUUGCCCUAGUAUUUGGAUGCUCUUAGCUUUGGCGAGUGUGGCCUUUUUGGGAUUAGUCCUCAGCUGAAAGUAGUAUCUGCUUUCUGUAUGAACAGCAGCGUGGGACUCCCUCAAAGCUGGGGUCUGACCAGUCUAUCUAGAGCCAUGUGUCCCCUCUGCUUCCACUGGUUGAAACAAAAAUCAACGUUUAAUCCUUAUUAUCUUUCUAUUUAAAAUAUGUGAAGAAAAUCUGCUUGUAAAAGGUUUAAAAAAGAAAAAAGUUUUUUUUUAAUUUUAUUUUAGGUCAUGUUUAAUUUAAAGGUACUGUAGGCCCAUUACCAAUUAUAAGGUAGAAAAAGUUACUUUUUUUUCCCACAAGCGUGAUGAAUUGUUCUCCAAAUAUUUUUUUAAAAGCAAAAAAUCCUUUAAAACUUAAAAUAGUAGCAAUUUUAACAAAACUGGCAGGAAAAAUGCAAAGGACUCCAAAAAUCAGUGUAUUUAAAUAUCUUUAAACAAAGACAACUUGAAUUCUGGGAGCAGGGAGUGUAAGGAGAAGGUCCAUACUAACAAAGCAAAGUUCCUGGAGCUUUUACUGGACUCAGUAGAGAAUGAGGGGGACACUGACGCCACAAUGACAAUUUUCCAUGUAAUGGUAAUGAACUCCCUUCCAUUUGAUAAAGACAAAGCCAAAUCCAUGCAAAUUUUUUAAAGCACUCUUUUGUCUUAAUCUUACGCCCUGAAGGUCUUCAUGGUGGUAUGCACUCUAUUCACUGCUACAUGUAAGUUUUCCUACUUUUCUGGUAAACCUGUUGCAUGAUCCAGCUGCAGCAAUGAAUUGUGCCUAGUAGAGAACCUCUGUAAAUCUUAAAAAAAAAAAAAAAGACUUUUUCUUUAGCAGUGUACUGUUCACAUGGGUGCAGUCUUUAGCCACAGGAAAGUCAGUGUCUUUUAAAACUCCAGAAGUCAUGUUUUACCAAUAAGCUUUAAUCACAGUUGGUGCUUAGGCUGUAUUUUAAAGCCUAUUGUCUUAACAUUUUGUACAAAAAAGAACAACAGCAGUUAUCUCUCGUUGGAGAAGUGACUUGACAAUCAUAUGGACUUUGAAAGCAGCUACUCUGGCUUAGUGUGAAUGCCAUACUGUCAGAUACAAGUGUGUCCAGCUGGUGUAACUGAUUUCCUCUUUUAGCCAUGGCCCACAACUCCUAGGGAAAUGAACUUUGCAUUCUGCAAAAGCAUUACUAAACCCUUUUUUGCGGCUCUGUGUUUGGGGUAUAUCCAUGCUUGCUUGUUUUAUGUUGAUCUGUUUUAAGCCUAAAAGACUUUUCGUGGUCUCCAUUCUAAAUCCAUAGUCUUUUUUUUUUUUUUUAGGUUUAUUGUGUAUUUAAAAGGUAGCUAUGCGUUAUAACAAAGAUGACGACAAUCCCUUCCUAACGCACUGGUAGAAGAGACCCUUAAAAAACUAGACCCUAGGGAAUGAAGUUGCUGAACAAGGAAUACAGAAGGGUCCUUGUUAAGGAAUAUUUGCCACUGGCCUCUCGGCCAUGACCAUUACAUGGAAAUGUUCUUAAUUCUAAUUUAAUAGAUGGAUAGUUUCCAGUAAGAAUGAACAGGUAGCUUGUACAGCUGGGAAAUGGGAAACUAUGCUAGGCAGAAUGAAGUACGUUUGUUUAUUUUUCUUUAAAAAUAAGCAAAACAAAAAAACUUCGGCACGCUGGAGAGUGAGAAUAUAGUCUAGGGUUUUGCUUCAGAACAUGUGGGGGCCAAUUUACUUGUUAGUUAAGCCAUAAUGACCCUGUUGCAGAAGUGCAGAAGGAAAACGUAAGGAAGUCACUGUCUUACAGAGUGGUUUGGGGGUAUUAGGUGAAUUUGCUGAAACUCUGGAUCCAGAGGCAUUUCUUUAGUUUUUGACUUUGCCAGAGUGUGGCUAAACUUUAUCUAACCGUAUUUUAAUUGGAGAGUUUGAUGUAAGACAGACGGAACGUUUUGUUGUUUGGUUGGCUAGGUAGUCAGUUACAGCCAGACCUCCAGAGAUUUACUUUAUUUGGAGACGCUCCUUGAAGCUGGUGACCUGCCCAAACCUUUUGUUCUGUAAAAUUCUUCUGGAAUUAUUGAGAAGCCUGGUUUUCUCACGUGGCCCCUGGCUUCUUCAGACCCAGCCAAAUUAGGAAGUACAGAAACACAUGAUGGUGAAAAGCUCUGAGGAUUUGGCAGCAGUCCAGGAUGGUAUGGACGCUAAGGGAAGGGUUUGCAUUUCAUUUUAGAGGUUAGCUCAAGUUGAAUUUUCUUUCUAGCCAGUGACCCUUUCUACCUCUCCCAGACUUUAUACAACUUACACACAAAUACCUAGAUAUUUAUUAGACAGCCCUAAAUUAACUCUGUCUAACGGCAACGAUUUUUUCUUUUUUAAUUAUGAACAGGGAGGAUAUACUGACUUGCCCCCUAAAAGCAGUCAUAUUUGAGCUUCACUUUUAAAAAAGAUAAGGGCUCGAUGGUGGCUCUAAAGCCCAAAAUGAAGUUUUUAAAGAGCAAUUGUAGGUCUAGUGUACGUUGAGUUAGAAAUGAUUCAGCACACCGUUUUUUUAGUGGAGAAGCUCUGGAGCCAAUGUUUUCUUUCCCUUUUGGUCUUUGGCUACAGUUGGCUACUGUCUCGUGAAUUGUUCAUGGCUGUUGUUUCUUCUGCGUAGUUUUGUGACUGUGUGAGCCUGCUCUCAGACUUAGAUGUCUUAUUUUACCCCCUUGUUGGAAAGAGAAACCAGGUGUUGAAAGAUUAAAUGAUUUAAGAAAGGAUUUUAAAGUCAAGAUGUGCAUAUUCUGAAGAAUUUAAAAGAUAGAUUAUUUGCUUAUUAAAGAACAGAUAUAGUUUGGGAAUCCCAACGUGUCAAGCCAAAGGUCCAAGAAGUCAUCUACUUCGAAGAUUUUAAUAAAUAUUUUAAACGGAGACUUCUGUCCAAAACAGUUUGAUUGGUUUCCAGACUCGGAUUAUUUUUUAAGAAACAAUUCACCAUUCAAACCUUGAGUCUCCCACAUAGAAAAGGGUAAAGUAACUGCUAUACUAGACUCUUCUCUCCAGGGUCCUUCUCUGGAAAACAAUAUACACGGCAGCAUUCUACAGUGAAGACUGACUCCCUAGUGCCAGAGCUUGCGUCCUGGAGACUAAAGAUUGCACUUUUCGUAGUUUUUGUCCAAAUGCAAUCCCAUUUCUGUGCCUCUUCUUAGCAUGCAGUUAGAUUUGGACAAACAAGAUUCCUAAGGAAUGACUUUAUUAACUAUAAUAUGGUUACAGCUAUUAUAUAUGUAUAUAUAUUCUGGUUAUAGUUCUAAUGUGGAGAUGUUGCGUGAUGCUGGCCUGUGGCAGUCUGUAAUGCUUUAACUCAUACGGAGAAGGCCAGGCUUGGAGCUGAGGUGUGGCCUCACCUUUCCUGUAUUUAGUCUUUGUUUAGAGCUGUAAAGCUGCCACUUUUCCCCUCUGCCUUCUGGUGGCAUCGGAAAUAUACUCCAAAAAGUAUUUCCAGAUCACACUGCUAACCAAUAUUCUGUAUUUAUGAAUAAUGUUCAAAUGGUCUUACAAAAACGUGAACUCUGAAACAACCUCACUGCAGUCCAGGUACAGGGCAGUCUGUAGGUCACCACAGCUUCAGCCUCGCUCCUUCGCACCCACUAGGAUGGGAUCCAGGCAUUUCUUUUAAAUCUCAGAGGCAGCAGUAAAUGUUUCUGUGUUGCUGUUAGCAAGUGUGUUUGCCACUAGAUGUCCAUAUGUACUAAUGUGCCAAUAAGUAACGUGAAUUGCACAUCUGCUCCCCUUGCGCCCCCACGAGUGCCCUGAGGUGUGUGAGGAGCCCCUCAUCCGGAGCAACGGGCGCCAUGUUGACUGCUGCUAUCGAGAUUGUUGUGUGGAAUAAUUAUUUGCAUAAAUUUUAUAUGCACAAUAAUUUCCCUUUUUAUAUGUCAGAUAAAUAUUUGUAAAAGUUACACUCACACAAAUGAAAUUAUUAUAAUGAUUACUAAUAUAUUUUUUCCAUGUUUCAUUGCCUGAAUAAAAACUGUUUACCACUGUUA